CUCGACCAAAGUCCAACUCAGCAGGCGGUCAUUCAAGCGCUAACACUUCAGCAUGCAGGCCAAAUAACCAUAUCUCUAUCGAGAAAAUAUAUAUGUAGGGUCCUAUCCUGGUGUUUUCGUCCUCAGAAGCUGCCAAAAGACGAUGAUGUAGUGGAAGCAUUGGCCUGCAGAAGCUGUGCAGAGGUAUCCUGAGUAUAGUACUUACUGCUGAGUUAAUCCAUGAUGGCUGCCAGUUAUCGGAGAAGCAGAGGUGAACGGUAUGCUUCAAAUCUCAGCUCAACGUCAGGCAUUGUAGAAUACAGUUACGUCCAUGACGCAAGUGGAACCGAUUCCAGAAAUGGUGGGGUCUACGCUGUACGCAAGCAUCCUGUCAUGCAGGCUGUCCAAAUAUCGGACCUCCUCAAGCGAAGGAUUGCUUUUCUCUCAGGAGGCAAGGACAAGAGAGGCGGUCCCAUCAUUUCUUUUCCUACCCAAUCCUCCGAGGUUUCUUUGGAAGACAUUGCCACAUGUGUGUCUUAUCUUGCCACUAUACCAAGUGAGGAGGCAAAAGACCAUGGCUACAGCAUCAUUGCUGACAUGCGAACGUCCACCUGGCAGUCUCUCAAAGCUUUCUUUAAAGUGCUCCAGGAAUCCAUACCCAGUGGGAUACACUCUGUGUACGUGAUCAAACCAGAUGCUUUCUGGGAGAGCAAGCGGGCUAGCCUCAGCCUGAAGAAAGACAAGCCUCAGUAUGGGUUUGAGACUCUGAUGUUAUCCAAUGUCUCCAAGCUGACAAAGUUUAUUGAUGCUAGAGAACUCACUGAAGACUUUGGUGGAACUUUGCCAUACAACCAUAACGAGUGGGUUCAGAACAGAAUUGACUUUGAGAAAUUCUUGAAGGAUUCAGAGGUGGUUCAGCAUCGUUUUGACCAGGCAGAUGAGGAAGUACUGUACAGACGACGAGAUGAGCAGCUGACUCCAGAAGAUCUCCUGAGAAGGCAGAGAAGGCUUCGCGAGGUGGUCAUCAACCAGCCUAGCAGUGUCUUGCAACUUGGACAUGCAUUAUUGAGACGUAUCAAGGAGGACAGUGAGUCUGGUUUCCGGCGCAACUCCAACGAAGGUCUGACGGAGGACCAGGUCAGACUCAAGGGCCAGCUGGAGCAAGUCUUGGAGGAGCUCCAGGAGAGGCAGAGCAAGCUGAAGAUCUACCUGAGUGAGAAGGACAGAGAGCUGGGGGUAAACAUGGACCUGAGUGACCUGGAGACAGGAAUUAAGAAGGUGGUUGAUUGGAUUGUUGGUCCCGGUGAGAAGCUCUUGGCAUCACAGGUUGACAUUGGGGACUCGCUGGCCGCUGCUGAUCAACUCAGGAGGGAGCAUGAAAAACUGGAACUGAAAUGCACUGACACCUACGGCAACUUUGCUGAGUUGAGACAUGUAGCAGACAGCAUGAUCAAGCAGGGUCACCCCAGGGCUGAUGACAUCAGUGCCCAGAAAGAAUUCAUGGAAACUGUCUGCCGGAGUUAUGCCUCCAGACUGGAGAAAAGAAGGAACCUGUUGAUCUGCUCUGUACGCUUCCAUCGUCUGGCAGAAGAGUGCUUUGGUAAGAUGGACAUUCUUCUAGAGCUGUGUGUGACUGAAAUAUCCAUUGAGACAGUCGAGAUGGUUGAGAUUGCCUUGAGAGAACUGACAGAGCAAUGUGAGGCAGUGGCCUUUGCAGCAGAGGGAAGUAAGGAGGAAGGUCACUCCCUCCUGAGCAUGAUGUCUCUUCUGGUCAAGAACGCCUUUGGCAAGGACAUCACGCCCAACUACACCAAGCAGAAGGACCAUGUCGAUGAACUCCUGGCUGAACUGGAGGGGCGCAAGGCACGAUGCGAUGAGAUGUCCGACAUGAGGAAACUCAAGCUGCAGCAGAUCUUACAGCUCAGGACAUGCGAAAGGGACGCUGAUCAGGCCAUAGAGUGGCUGCAGGAAUUGCUGCAGGUGAUGCUUUCACAGCAUAUCGACAUUGGCCGCUCAGCAGCAGAAGCUGAAAACCUGCGUAAGGAACACAACAAAUUUGAAGACACCGCCAGGGGCACAUACAACUAUGGCAAGGAACUUCUGAGUGCUGCCCUCGUGCUGAGACGAUCCCUCCGUUUUGACCCUGAACCCAACCACGAGAAAGCCCAAAUCCUGGAGAGAGCCUGGAGGAGGUUCUCACAAGGUCUUGGAGAGAGGGCUUCCAGGCUGUCGGUGUCGCACAUGUUCCAGCGAAAUGCUGAGAGGUUGGUUGAUCAGAUGGACAGGAUUUGCCUGGAGCUUGCUCCCCAGAUCACCUCCUCUGACCCUCACACCAGCCGCAGACUUCUAAACGCUUACAGCCCACGACGUGACUCAUUGUUGAGGGAGUACGGAGAUACCAUGGCCAUGGGCAAAGCUUUGCUGGAUCGCAUGGUACUGCCUGUUCUCUCACCUGACAGAACUGUUCGGUCUCCUAGCUCCAGUUUUCCUGAUGAGCUGCAACCACAGGUCAACAACAUCCGUCAGAAAUUGUCUGAGCUAGAGGCCAAAAAACGAGAGAUGGACAAAAUCUGGGGGCUUCCAGUCAGCUCACCCGAGUGGCAGCGGUCUGGAUCUUAUCGGUCCAUCCCUGAUUGGCAGGAGGUCACUCAAAGGGAAGAUGUGAUGGAACCGGUGACUCGGACACGACAGGAAGGCAGCCAGAUGUCACCGAGCAGGAGAGUGCCAUCGUCUGAGAGACUGGAUCCCAGACGAGUUGCCUCUCUUACUGGAAGAAUGCCUCAGAGUAACGGACGGAUGGGUCCGGGACUGGACAGGAUGGAUACAUCCCCAAGUAGACCCUACGGACAACACCCAGGUGCUUCAGACAGGUCUCCUCAAAGGAUGACCUCACCCCAUGAUAGCUUGUCUUCCCCCCACAAUCGAGUGUCUUCCCCUCACGAUCGCAUGUCUUCCCCCAACAAUCGCAUGACCUCUCCUCAUGACCGUUCUGCUUCACCCAGUGCAAGAAUAGCCCCACCUGUCAGGGCAACUGCUCACCCAGGUGCUGUGGACGAACCCAUCCGCCCAGUGGCUGUCAGCCAGGUUCAGACAGCCUCUCCUGCAUUCCAGCCACCACCACCUAACGGUAGGAUGUCUCCUUCCCCCACUGAAAGAGUCAGUAGUCAGUCGUCUGCACCACAGCUACAGAGGAAGGAUACAGCAGAAGAUGAAGCGAUGAAAAAGCUUGAGGAAUUUGAAGCCUUAGUACAUGAGUCCACAGAAUGGAUUCGUGUCAAAGUAGAAGAGAUGACCCCAAAGAUGACAGAUGUUGGAACCACACUGGAAGAAGCAUUGCAGUUGAGGCAACAACACAACGAUAUGCUGAAACAACUUGCAUCCAAACAACAGCACAUCAACAGCCUCCUGACCCAAGCUGACUUCCUAGUCUCCACCCAGCAGUUCUAUGACGAUGUCUACGAAGCCAUGGCCCAGUCACUGGGCGAAGCGUGGAAGGAUCUCAACUUGCAGCUGGAAGAGAGAAGGAAGCUUCUGGAUCAGUCAGUGGCCUUCCACCAAAGUGCAGCAGAGUUCUCCGACAAACUGGAAAAAGCUAAUGCCAAGUUCCGAAGUCCUGAUCUUCCUCCUGACAUACCAGGGACAGACAAACUGAUGGAGGACCACCACAAGAUCAGAGAAGACAUCUUAACCAGCUCCAUGGACACAAUGAACCUUGGCAAGGACCUGGUGGAGCAACUCCACGCCCUCAGCAAGGACGCCUCCCCAGACGACAAGGAGGCUUCAAAGCAAUCCUCCCUGGGCGUGCAGAAUGUUCUUGACGACCUCCAGGACAGGAGACGAGCCCUUGAGGACCUGUGGAAUAAACAGCGGAGGCGACUGGAGCAAUAUAUCGCACUGAGUGAUCUGGAUCAAGAAGUCAACCAGAUCUCUGACUGGAUCAAAACCAGAGGUGAAGACUAUCUGAAGAAGAAAGACGUGGGUGACGACACACCUGCAACCGAACGGCUCUUUAAAGAACAUCUUGAAUUCCAGACCUCAGCUGAAGAUAUGCAAGGUAAUGUACACCAACUACGGCACACAGCUGAGCAGAUCUGUCAUUCCAACCCGGAGCACACCGAUCAUCUGCGCAGCCAGACCAGAGCCAUUGAGACACUUAGUGAUGAUUACAUGCGACGCUUGGCCUAUCGUGGCAGAUUGCUGCAAGCUGUGCUGGACUUCUACAAGAACGCUGAACUUGCCCAGACCUACCUCUCUCAGGUGGAGAUCCAGCUCAGCCCCAAGAAGCUGCCGAGUGAGCCGCACGGCAGGGCGGCCCGGCUGGCUCAGCUGGGCAAUGCCGUUGCUGAGAUAUCGGAACCGGUCAUCAAGGAGGGCCACACCUUGCUGGAGAGGGUCGGCAGGGGGACACCGGGAGCACAAGGGAUCAAGGAUAAACUGGACCUGUUGGAGACCCAGUCAGAACGCUUGCAAUCAGAAUGCAGCCCAGAGGCCCAGCACAGGUCUUCUCUUCAAGUCAGCUUUGAUGAGUGCUACUCGGUGAUUGUGAAAUGGCUGGUCAACGUUGCCGAUACUUUCCUGUCAGCCAGCAACGACAUGGGCGAUCAGCUGCAGACUAGCAUGGACUUCCAGGAUGGCCACCAGAGACUGAUGGAUGACAUAUUAGAAAGGGCCAAGCAAGUUGACAAAGUUUUCAAGAUCUCCUCUGAGCUGAUUCCUUCCCUAGCAGAUCGAGAACAGGUCACUGCUGUCCAGAACCGCUGCGACAAACUGCAGCAGCACUGGUCCCGUGUGACUGUGUGUGUGGACAAACGGCUGCAUGCUGUGCUCAUCCUCAUCAAAUUCCACAAGCACACUAAACAGUUGACCAAUGCCAUGGAGAACAUGGAAGAGCAGUUGAACUGUUACAUCAGCAUGGAUGCACCUGACAUACCGGCCAAGACGGUGCAACACCUGCAGGAAAAAUGGAGCAAUGUGAUUGAGAUCUAUGUUCAGUUUGAAAACACUGGACGCAAUUUCCUCUCAGAGGCAUCAGCUAUCAAAAAUGACCCAGAGUUGGACAUCACAUCGUCCAAGCUGUAUGUCAGCCGUGCCUUGAAGGGCCUGGAGGAACGCAAACAGCACCUGAGUGGUCUGUAUGACAUGCUGACCAAGCGGCUCAACUCGGGCCAGCUGUUCUUGAGCAAGUGGCAGAAGUUUGUCCAAGAUGCUAGACAGACCAUGGACAAGGCCCACCGCACAGAGACAGAGUACUACCCACAAGUUGCGUCUGAUAUGAGCAGGAACCCAAACGAUGCCAAGGGUUUGCCUGGGAGGUUGGCCGAGUUUGAGGACAUCGCAAAGCGAGUGAGUGAUGAGCUCAAGGAUUGUAUUGACACCGCCGACUCCCUCGGCAAGAAAGGAGAUACCAAAGGAGGUAGAGAACAUUUGAUUGAUGACCUGAGCAAGCUAUAUCAUCACUUCUUGGAUCGGACAGGGAAGUACCGCGCACUGCUUACUAUGAUGGUUGGCUUCUACGACAAUGUCAACAAGCUCAACAAAGCCAUGGAUGAGACAGAGAAGGAACUCCAAAUCCCUUAUUCUCCAUCAGCACCGACGAAGCUGUCUGAAGCCAAGAUCCAACUCAAGAGGAUGGAGGAGCAGAAGAAGAACCUGGAGGACAAGUUUGAUGAGACGGUGAACGAGGGAGAGAAGUUGAUUGCUGGGAUUCAGAAGAUUGAUCCGGUGUCUGUCUCCAAGGCUGACAUUGAACUGGCUCUUCACAAGACUGGCAUGAGGAAAGACCGACUGCUGACGAACCUCGAGCAACAGAAGAGGAAAGUGAGCAAUUCCAUGGGUGUGGCUGAACUACAAAUGCACAAAUCAGAGCUGACUGUGAACCUCGCCAAAGCCCAGAAGGAACUGAAAGACAUGCAGGGGAACUAUGGUGACACAGUGGAUAUGGCUCAGACCAAGCUAAGACGCUUUGAUGACUGGAGGUCAAAAAUUGAGCCCCUGGAGGAUCAAAUUAAAUCCUACUUGAGUUCAGCCACUGCCGUCCUGAAGCAGAACCCACCAGAGUCGGCCGUGGUGCGACAUGACAUGGAUCAGGUCAUGAGGCAGUGGAACACCCUCAACCUUGACAUUGAUGAUCACAGAGACAAACUUGUCCUGUGUAUUGACUUCCAGAAGCUGUUCAAAACAACUGUGGAGUGGCAGAACAAAGGCAAUGGGCUGCUGUUAGCGAUCGGUCGCAGGAUUCCUCUCUGCCGAUCAGAGGAGGAAGCCCAUCAGUUGAUGGAUCAGGUGGACGAGUUCCUGGAGAAAGGAGAGAAACCUCAGAAGGCUCGGCUGCAGAAGCUGAAUGAACUGGCAAAGGAGCUUUAUGGACCUGAUUCUCCGACAUUUGUGAGUCAGCUGAACAACCUCCAUCUCGCCAACAACCGCCUCUUGUCGUCCUUUGAGAACAAGAACGACGAGCUGUUCCACCUGGCCGAGCGUCUCCAGGAAGAGGACAAGAAGAAGAAGGAGGAACUGGAGGAGAAACGCAAGAAACUUGCCGAGGAGAGGAAGGCUAAGCAGCCACCUCACUAUGCACCAGUAGCCAAGACAUCGCUGGAGAAAGUAGAGUUGUCCAAACCUCCAGUUGUUGAGACACCCCUCUCUCAAACUGAGUAUAAACCAGAGUAUGAGCUCAAUCUGGCGGCACUCGACAAACCGAUGGAAGAGGAAGUCAUAGUCAAAGAGACAGUUGGGCCAGUGGAGUCUCCCCCCAAACCCCUGGUACUCUCAGAGCAACUAAUUGCCGCUGGUGACCUGCUGACCUUUGACCCCCUCCCUUCUGACACCCGAGAUGAUGACCUUCUUACCAGGCAGACAGAGGAGCCAGUGGAGUUCUCCCCUCCCGUAAUCUUUGAGGAAACCCUAGCCAAAUCAGAAGUCAAGCCAGCCUACAAGUUGGAUGUUAGUGAGUUAGAUGGACCAGUAGAGGAGCACCCCUCACCUGUAGCUGAAGAUCCCCUUACUCUAGAUGAACACCAACCCUCAUCUGAAUUAGCUUAUGAUUGGAGCAAGCCCGAUGACGACUAUGACCACAUAUUUAAACCAACUCAUGUCAAGCAGUUUGGCAAACUGGUGGAGCCUGAGCCAGACGAGAAGAAGCGUAAAGAGACCCUGCCGUACUUUGCACGCUUCACUCAAGACUGCACUGUGAAGGAAGGACGAUUUGCUUCUUUUGACUGCGUAGUCAAGGGUGAACCAGAACCCGAUGUCUUCUGGGAGAAGGACGGAGUCCAGCUGGAAGAGACGGCCCAGAUCAAGAUGGAGUUUGGUGACGACGACUCCUGUAUCCUUAACUUCACCCCGGCUAGGCUCAACCUGUCAGGCACCUACGUCUGCAAAGCUGUGAACACAGUCGGUGAAGCCACCUGCUCUGCUAAACUGACUGUUAUUUCUGACUCUAAGAUUGUACCAGAGAAGGAAACCCUGGUUUCAUCAGGCCGGGUGGACUUGGCCUCGAAGAAAGCCCCACGGUUCACCUGGAACCCAGGCAAUCGGAUCGUGGAUGAGGGAAAACCAUUUACUCUGGCGGUGGAAGUCGAGGGAGAACCAUCCCCAACUGUCAUCUGGACCAAAGAUGGUGAGCGUCUCGGAGACGACUUCUACCGCUUCAAGCAUGAUGGAGACACACACUCCCUGAUCAUUGAUGAUGUCCUGCCUGAAGACGAAGGCACCUACAUUGCUACUGCCACCAACCCAGUUGGCAAAGCAGAGUGUACUAUCCAAAUCACCGUCAAUGAGGCAGGGUCGUCGCCCCAUUUCACCAAGCCCCUCCAGGAUGUGGAGGCCAUCGAGGGUCAGCGCUUGCAGCUACAGUGUCUCCUCACCGGCGAUCCGCUCCCCACGGUCAACUGGUACAAGGACGGGGAAUGCAUCGAUGACCAUCCAGACUACGAGAUCAGCCGAGACAAGCAAGGGGUUUGCAUGCUGGACAUUGACGAGAUCUUCAAGGACGACUCUGGGAGGUUCACUUGCAUUGCAAAGAAUGAGUUCGGUAAAGCUGAGACCACAUCCAACAUCACUGUCACCUCUGUAGAUGCAGACAGACCACCAGAGUUCAUCUCCCAACUCCAUCUAGCCAUGCCUCUAGUGGAAGGCAAACCAUGCCAGCUGGAGGCCCAGGUCGAGGCCAAGCCCCCUCCUAGUGUCUCCUGGUACAAAGACGGUAAAGUUAUCCGGAACAAACCUCGCUACAAGGCCUCAUUGGAGAGAGACACUGCCAGAUUGGACAUACCAGAUGUUCUGCCUGAAGACGCUGGAGUCUAUGAGUGUGUGGCUUCCAAUCCUGCGGGAACAACAAAGUCAACAGUGGAUUUGAAGAUUCCCGCGUAUGACAAGGCCCCUGAAUUUGCCACCAAGCCGGAGCUUGCAGAGCCCAUGAAGGAAGGCCGGCCCUGCCACAUUGAGUGCCAGAUAUCAGCCAAGCCGGCUCCAAUCGUGACCUGGUACAAGGAUGGCAAACCCAUCAAGGACGGUUGGAAGUACAGGACUUCAUACCUGAAAGGCAUCGCCUGUCUGGACAUCAAUGACGCCUUAUCAGAAGAUGCUGGUGUGUAUGAGUGUGUUGCAACCAAUCGGCUGGGUACAGCUAAGUCUACUGUGGAAGUCAUGGUCCCAGGUUAUGAGAAAGCAAAGCCACCAGAGUUUGUUUCCAAGAUGCAAGUUGCUGAGCCCCUCCUCGAAGGACGACCCUUCCACAUUGAGUGUCCAGUCUCUGCCCAACCACCUCCUACGAUCUCUUGGUACAAGGACGGUAAGCCACUCCAGAACCAGCCAAGAUACAGGACAUUGUUCCUGAAAGGUGUGGCUUCCGUGGACAUAGAUGAGGCUACGCCGGAGGACUCUGGCGUGUAUGAAUGUGUCGCAACCAAUCCACUUGGUACAGCCACAUCAACCGUAAAGGUCAUGAUCCCAGCAUAUGGCAAGCCACCAGAGUUUAUAGGGGUAAAAGAAGAUGCUGGUGUGUAUGAAUGUGUAGCAGCCAAUCCACUCGGAACAGCAACGUCAACAGUAGAAGUAAUGGUGCCAGGAUAUGAAAAGCCGCCAGAGUUUGUUGCCGAGAUGAUGCAUGGUGAGCCACUCAUUGUCGGUCGACCCUACAGCAUCGAGUGCCAAGUCUCAGCAAAACCAACACCCACCAUCACGUGGUACAAAGAUGGCAAACCUAUCGAAAAUGAGCCGCGGUUCCGCACAUCAUUCGACAAGGAUAUUGCUGUCUUGGAUAUUGAAGAUGCUCGGCCAGAAGAUGCAGGGAUUUAUGAAUGCGUAGCGACCAAUGCAAUGGGUACAUCAAAGACAACCGUUGAAGUGAAUGUGCCUGGCUCUGCUUCCCCCAAGCCACCUGAGUUCACCUCCAAGUUGCAGGUGGCCGCACCUGUCACUGUUGGCCAGCCCCUGCACCUGGAGUGCCAGGUUCAAGCCCGGCCGGAGCCCACCGUCACCUGGUACAAAGACGGCAAGCCCGUCAAGGGCAAGCCCUAUUACACGACCAGCUUUGUCAGGGAUGUGGCCAGUCUGGAUAUUGAAAGUGUCGUGCCAGAAGAUUCCGGUAUCUACAAGUGCGUAGCUAAGAAUCUAAUGGGCACAGUGAGCACGACAGUUGAAGUAAUAGUCAAAGGCUUGCCCAAGAAGGUGGGAAUCCCACCCAAGUUUACCUCCAGACUUCCAUCGCAUACAGUGGUUGCCACAGAGGGGCAGCCCACAGAGCUCCAAUGCACCAUUGUCUCUGAACGUCCACCGACUGUCGCGUGGUACAAGGAUGAAAGAACCCUCACCAACUACCCGCCUUACGAGAUCUCCUUUGAGAAGGGUGUGGCUGCUCUGAGAAUCGCCAAGACAGAAAUGGAACAUGCUGGCACUUACAAGUGUGUGGCCUCCAACAAGGCAGGGAUUGUGACCUCCACGGCAGAAGUCAUGGUCAGAGCCCCAGAGGUUCUGUCCACUGAUGAGGAGAUGGACACUUCCCAGGGGCCAACCUUCAUCAACAUGUCCACUCAGGAAUCAGUGACGGUCACUCCAGGCCAGGAGCUGCGACUGACCAUCCGCAUCCAGGGCCUGCCGCCGCCACAUGUCACGUGGUACCGAAAUGACACUCAAGUCAUUGAAACCGAAACAGUCGAGUGUGUGAAGUACACUGAGACUCGAUCCAAAACUGUGAAGGAGGUGAAGAGACACAAGGAGAUUUGCUCUCUAGUGAUCAAGAAUGCACAACCUGAGGAUUCAGGCACCUACAAGGUUGUUGCAGAAAAUGCAGCUGGUGUGGAGUCUAAUGCUGUCCACAUCAAUGUGGCCGAGCAACCACUUUCUAAUGUGUCUGUGAUCCACCUGGAGUCCAGACCUCAAGUCUCUGGUCAACCCAUCUUUGUGGAGACACUCGAGAAGAAGACAGAAGUCGUUGAGAGUGCUCGGGUGCGACUUGAAGUGGUAAUCGUUGGGAAUCCACCACCAAAGGUGACCUGGUACUUCAAAGAUCGUCCAAUCCGUGAGUCCGACGAUGAAUACGAGUUCCAUCAGCUCGGUAACAAGUACACCUUGAUUGUCAAGAAACCGUCAGCCUCAGAUGCUGGCACUUACUACUGUGAAGCUGAGAACACACACGGAGCUGUCAGGUCGGAGUGCCAUCUUACCAUCAAAGAGAAAAUUCCACCUGAUUUUGAGCAGCCACUGGAGAGUAUCGCAGCUACCGAGGGAGAAGUGAUAACAUUUGAAGGGAAAAUUAAAGGCACUCCCAAACCUGAGAUAAAAUGGUUCAAAGAUGACAAGCCUGUUUUCGAGACGUCCCGAGUGAGGUUCGUCAAAGAAGGAGACAAAAUCGGUCUGUUGAUUAUCAAUGUCAGGCCUGGCGAUGCCGGAAACUACAAAGUGACUCUAACAAACAUGUUUGGGCAAUCUACGUCAUCUGCUAUCCUCAGUGUUGAUGUUCCUAAGACACCUCCAGACUUUGCAGAGCCAUUGGUGGACCAGACAGCUGUGCAAGGAGAAAGAGUGGAGUUCCAUUGUCAGAUCACAGGCGAUCCGCAACCAUUAGUGGUCUGGUUCAAGAAUGGUGCCGAGAUAGAACCCAGCAGAUUUGUUCAGAUAACAUCUCAAGGGUUGAGCCAAGUACUCAUCAUCCCAGAGGUGGUGCUGGAGGAUGCUGGGACAUACAGCGUCAAAGGCAGCAACGACGCGGGAGACUGCACCUCGGUGGCACAGCUGCACGUUGGAAUUGAAGGCUUAAGCAGCAAAGCCCCACGCUUUGUCCGCGCAUUCGGUGACCGCAGCACUUAUGAGGGCGAUGUAGUCCGCUUUGACUGCUACGUCCGAGGCGACCCCAAGCCAGAGGUCAACUGGUAUAAGGACGGCGUACUAGUCAACGAGGGGGUGUUCCAGGUCUUGGAGGAAGGUGACAAGCACUCGCUCAUCAUUGGAGAAGUCUUUGAUGAAGAUGCCGGCACGUACAAAUGCCAGGCCAAGAAUAAGUACGGAGAGACAACUUGCUCUGCUGUCCUGACGAUAGGAGGUCCAGUUGUUACUAUUACGACGGAAUCUGACAGUGUUGAAACCACCACCACCACCUCCACAAAAGUGACCGCAAUGUUUGGGCAGAGGUCCAAGUUCAAGGAAGACCCACCCAAGUUCAGUCAGCCGGUCAAGAGCGUGUCACUUGUCCAGGGAAAGCCAGCGUCCUUUGAGGCAGUCAUUCAAGGCAACCCUGAGCCAAGUGUCCGAUGGUUUAAGGAUGACACUGAACUGAGAAACUCCCCCAAAUACCAAAUAGGCCUCAAAGCGGGCCAUGCCUCCCUCCGCAUCCCCAAAGUCACUGCUGCUGAUGCAGGGAAGAUUAAGUGCGAGGCCAGAAACUCUGUUGGCACAGCUGUGUCCACCGCUGAACUGGUAGUCAAAGAUGUCACAGACGCACCUCGCUUCACCCAACGCCUUCAGAGCCAGCAGGUUAGGGAAGGUGACAGGGUCUGCUUUGAGGUGACGGUUUCUGGUCUCCCCGCCCCAACCGUCUCCUGGUUCCACAACAAGGACCAGCUGAAAUCCUCAGCUGACAUCCAGAUUGGUCGGGAUGGUGACCGGUGUACACUGACCAUCCCAGAGGUCUUUGAUGAGGACGCCGGAGAGUACACGGUCAGAGCGGAGAAUGCGGCUGGAGUAGCGUCCAGUCAGGCUCAGCUGAAUGUCAGCAGUGCCAAAGGUCAGAAGGGUCCCAUCCCUGCUGCGAAAGUGACAAAGGAGCAGGAUGCUGUAUCACACACUGCACCACCACCACCACCACCACAAAGUGUGCAGCUGUCUGCUCCAGUGUUCACUAAGCCCCUUUCUGAUGUCCACACCAAAGAAGGGCAAUCCACCACAUUGUCCUGCACCCUCAAAGGCCAGCCCCAACCGACCAUUGCCUGGUACCGUGAGGGAUCCAAGAUUGAGCCAAGCCUGGACUUUGAGAUGGGUUACAGCAAUGGUGUAGCCACCCUGACCAUACCUGAGGUCUUCAUGGAUGACGCGGGGAAGUUCACCUGCACCGCUACCAACCCAGCUGGUAGCAGAUCAACCUCCUGCCAACUGAGAGUAACAGGAUCUGGGAAACCCCAGACCAAUGCCCUAAACAGCGUCCCUUCAGCUGACAGCAAGACGCCCUCUGCUGGCGACGUCAAGCCGGAGUUUGUCAAAGAGAUGCAGCCGAUGCGUUUCAACGAGGGCAUGACUUGCCGCUUUGACUGCACUGUCAAAGGGAAACCCUUUCCGGAGAUCACUUGGUUGAGGAACGGUGCCCCCAUCGCAGGGUAUAGGUUCAUCCCAAGACAAGACAUCAAGACAGGCUUUGUCUCCUUGGAGAUCACCAUGAUGUUGGAUGAUGACAUCGGAGAGUACACCUGCAUUGCCAAGAACGGUGCAGGGGAGGCAGUCUGCAAAGCUUUGCUCAUGACUGAAGCCAAUUACAACCGAUGGGCACGUCAGAAGUAUGAGGAGCAAGUCCGUUCCCGGCCUCAAGACCAAGAGUACUACGCAGAUUAUCAGGAAGGCCCCUUGUCACCCAGCAGGGCUACUCUCCAUGGGGGCAGUGUUGACCAGGAGGGCAAUGUCUACCAUGAUGUCGAUCAGGAGGGAUUCAAACCAUCACCCUUUGAAAAACGCUUAAUGAGGGAGGUCCAGUUGAGAGAACAAUCGGCUGAUCCAUCCCCGCCUUGCCCCGGCGAGCAGGUGUAUAAAGUGUCACCGUUUGAAACUAGACUUCAGAAAGAGAUAAACAUGAGAGACCGUCGUCGGGCGUCGGCUGACUACCCAGACAUGGCACCAGCGGGGCCUUUCAGUGUGCCGGCCUUCGAAGCCAAGCUGCUGCAGGACCCCAACUUGCCAGGCAUGGUGACUGAGACUGAGACAGAGACCGAGCUAUCAGGCAUGGAGACAGAUGCUGAGAGAUCUGGCGCCCCGUGCUUUGUCAAGGAGUUGAGGAACUUCAAGGUUUUGGAAGGAAGCCCAUUCACCUUCAGCUGCAGGGUUGAAGGCUCCCCCAAACCAACCAUUCAGUGGUUCAAGAACGGCCAGCCAGUGGUUCGUUCCAACCGUGUGGACGUCAAAUCCACCGAGGGCUUCUGCUCGCUCCGCAUUGAGAUGGUCCUCCCAGAAGACAAGGGUGCUUACACUGUCUUUGCAGCCAACCCCAAGGGGCGGGCGGUCAACACAGGGCGGCUGUAUGUGGAUCGUGUAGAUGAGAAUGACAUGCCCCAACACAUGAAGGGUGUGCUAGCUCACCGAGUCAGAGAGGAGACCCAAGAAUACCACAUCCCAGAGCGCGGUGCUCCGGACAGCGAGGUGAAUGAGCGGCACUACAAACCCAGCAUCAAGGAGAUCCCCAGUGACUUGAUAGUCAAGGAGGGUCAGAUUGCUCGCUUCAACUGCCGGGUCAAGGGUAGACCACCUCCUGACCUAGUCUGGUACAGAGAUGGCCAACGGGUCUACAGUGAUCCUAACCACAGGAUGUUGGUCAAUGAGGGCGGUGUGCACUCGCUUCUCAUUACCCAUGCCAAGCCGGAGGACAGUGGCCAGUAUCGAUGUGUGGCAUCAAACAGAGCAGGGGAAUCUGAGUUCACUGUCGGUCUCUCCGUUGAAGCCAAGCAGCAUCUGGUCGCACCAUCGUUCAUCGACAGGAUUGAGAAUGAGACAGUGAUGGAGGGUGAACCCAUCACACUGAAUUGUAAGGUCAGUGGAGCCCCUAUGCCUCAGGUCAACUGGCAGAAAGAUGGACAUCACAUCACCAGGGGCUCCAACAGAUACAGAAUUGAGAUGCUGCAAGGAGUAUGCAGUUUCUCCAUUGACAAGACAAGUCGUGAAGACAGCGGAUGGUACACAUGCACAGCAUUCAACUCUGCUGGCCGUGUCUCCUGCAGGUGUAAAGUCCAAGUCACAUAUCAACCACCUAUUGGACGGGUUCCUGGGACAGCGCCACCCUUGGUGAAAAAGAAGGCUCCAACACAGCAAAGCAGACCACCUGCAGAACCUCGCUCCUCAGGGUCCAUCUUCACUCGACCAGAUCAGUUUUCGGAUGAUGAAGCGUUCCCCAAGACGCCUGAACCUCGCUUCACCAUCCCCCUCAACGACGUGCACAAGAAGGAGGGUGAGAACGCUCGCUUUGCCUGCCGACUUGAGCCAGCUAACGAUGAGACCAUGAGGGUGGAAUGGCUGAAGAACGGCAUGCCACUCUUUGCUGGCUCUAGGAUCAAGACAAGCUGCGAGUUUGGCCUCUGUCAUUUGGAGAUUCAAGGCAUCUACCCAGAGGAUGCUGGGAUCAUCACUUGCCGAGCUGCCAAUGCUAGUGGACACACUGAGACCUCCGGAAGGCUCUCGUGUCAAACCAAGGGGUCAGUCAUUUCUGACAGUCAGCUGCCUGCAGAUAUGCAAGGAAUACAAAAGACUCUCAAGUAUGAGGAGUACCUCCGGGGAUCUGACGAUGGCCUGGCCAGGGAAAAACCUCUUGCUCAGUCAUACGAUGAAGAGCGGGCCCCUCCGCCCAACUUUGUCAUCUCCCCACGAGACGUCAAGAAGCAUGAGGGGAAAGACGCUCGCUUUGCCUGCAAGAUUGAGCCGACUGGCGAUGGUACCAUGCAAGUUGAAUGGCUGCGGAACGGAAGGCCACUGUUCACCAGCUCAAGAAUCAAAACAACCUUUGAGUUUGGCAUCGCCAGCCUGGACAUCAAGGGUGUGUAUGCUGAAGAUGCUGGGGUCAUCACUUGCUGUGCUUCCAACGAGAGCGGAAAGAACGAAGUCUCUUGCAAGCUCAUUGUCCACUCCAAAGACAGCCUGAUCAUGGAAAGCCAACUUCCAGACAGCAUGAGACAGGGUAUUGAGAAGACUCUGGAAUAUGACCGAUCCAUCAGUGAUGAUGGUAUUGUGAAGGAGGGCCAGCCAUCCAGACCAGACACAGGUGUCUAUCACGAGGCAGGCAGGGCACCAGCCCCACGCAUUUUGGUCCCUGUCAGCAGCCUGCAGAGAUCCGAAGGACAAAGUGCUCACUUUGCUUGCCGGAUUGAACCUGCUAACGAUGCCACUACCAAGGUGGAAUGGUCCAAAGACGGCCAACCACUUGUCACUGGCUCUCGCAUCAAGAGUGUGUUUGAGUUUGGAAUUGCUAGCUUGAACUUCAAAGAUGUCACGGCAGAAGACUCGGGAACAAUUACUUGCACUGUCACCAAUGAAAGCGGAACGGCAGAAUCCUCUGCAAAACUGGUUUGCCGAGCUCAAGGAAGCUUAAUCACCAAGAGCCAACUUCCUGAGGAGAUGCGGGCCGGCAUUGAGAAGACUCUGGAACAAGAGAGAUCUCUCAGUGAAGACAGUGGUCACUUCCAGCCAGCCAGGAUUUACACCGAGCCCAAAGCGCCCCCUCCCAAGUUUGUCGUCCCCUUGAACAGCGUCACAAAGAAGGAGGGAGAGACGGCUCACUUUGCUUGCAAACUGGAACCAGCGAGUGAUAGCACCAUGAAGGUGGAGUGGUUGCAGAACAACCGACCAGUCAUCACUGGAUCAAGGAUCAAAACAAAGCAUGAAUUCGGCCUGUGCUCAUUAAACAUGAAGGGUAUCUACCCUGAGGACUCCGGAACUAUAGUGUGUAUUGCUCAGAAUGAGAGCGGAAGAGCUGAAACAAGUGGACAGCUUGUCUGCAGAGCCCAGCAAGCUCUGAUUCUUGACACCCAACUGCCUGAGGAGAUGCGAGGAAUUGAGAAGACACUGGAAUACGAGGAGUACCUCAAGACAGAGGGUAGGCAGCACACUGGUGGAAUGGAGCAAGUUGAUGCCCCAUCACCACCUCAGUUUGUCACCCUCCCAGAACCCUGUGAGGUCAUAGAGGGUGAACCGGCCCGGUUCACAGUCAGGCUCACCGGCAAUCCGGUGCCAAGGGUCAUCUGGUACAAGGAUAACAUCAUGCAAGCAGAUGGUUCCCGUAUGAAGAUCUGGUUUGAUGGCCUGCAUUAUCUGGACAUCCCAAAGACCAGGCCAACAGACAGCGGCAUCUACAAGGUGGUAGGCAGGAACAAGUUUGGCAUGAUCUCCCAUGAGACCCGACUCCAUGUCUUCAGGAAGACGGACCAAGGGGUACAGCUCAAACGCACCGGCAUGGAGUUCAAAUCUGGCGUAGUGGUGAAACCAGAACUAAAACAUGAAGAGAUGUCUCCCGAACUUCAGCAAGCACUCCAAGCCAGAAAGGGACAUAAGCCCGUAUCAGUGAUGCCUAAACAAGACAAAACCGAGGAACAGAAGCCCAUGAGUGAGCUUGAGAAACGUUUUGCAAAAAUGCAUGAAGAAAACAAAUCAAAAGAACCUCUCAAGCCUAAACCUAAAGCCCCCCCUCCAGUCGCCUCGAAACCAUCCAAGCCAACUCCUGCUGCAUCUAUGGAAUCUCCCAUUGCAAAAGACCAGAAAGCUCGCAUUCAUACUGACAGGGCAGAAGUCUUCCUGAUGAAGAUCAAGCUUGUUGAAGAUGUUGCCAAGCCUGAGCAAAUUAAUAAGGACCUUGCUGCUGCUCCAUUGUCUUUUGACAGUACCUUGCCCUUCAGCUCAGAAUCAGAAGAUGAAAAGGAGGCUUUGGUUGAUGAGGUUGUGAAUACAGAGAAAGAGACAGGCCCUGAGCCAGUAAAAUUGGAAGUUCUUGCUUACCAGCCACAUCAGAAAAGCAGUUCAGAGAUGUCAAGCAGUGAUGAAAUAGAUCGUCAGUAUGAAGCAAACAUUACUUUCCACCCAGCAGAAACAGCCAAGGAGGGUUCAUCAGGGUCCUCAAGUGAUUCUGAUUUUGACCAUAUCUAUGAGAAAGCCGUGAUACAGAAGGACGCACAUGCAAAACCCAUCCAGACAAAGAUUGAAGAUCUCUUCCAGCCAUCUGACGAAGAGGAAGGUAAAGAUGGUACCAGAGAGGGCAGUCCACCAGGUUCUUCCUCGGAAGCAGAUUAUUACGAAGAGCUUCACUCGGAACCAAAGAAGAAACGAUCACCCUCAGCAACUUCUUCAGAUGGCUACCUGACACCAGAAGAUGCCAAAGCUGAAAACAAAGAUAAUGGAGAAUACCUGACCCCAGACUCUGCUAGAAAACAUGGGAGGGAAUAUGGGCGAUCUGAAGGAUCCAGCUCAUUAAGAUCAAGUGAUGAGGAAGAGGAGGAAUCUGAGGAUGAGCCAGAAGUCAGAGCCAUCAAUCGAGAUCUGUCUCGUCGCUCGGGAAAACCCAUGCCUCCAAAGAUCAUUGUCCCGCUUGAUGACUUCACUUGUAAAGAGAGCAAUGAUGUCUUCUUCGAGGUGGAAUUUGUCGCCUCACCGAAGCCAGAAGUGCAGUGGUACUUGGACGGUGCCCUCAUUCACCAUUCGGAAGAGUUUGAGGUUCUUGUCGACAACACCUGCAGCUCCUUGUUUAUCCCUGAGGCUUUGCCCGACGACUCAGGGAUGAUCAAAGUGAUGAUUAAAAACAGCGAGGGAGAAGCCACUUGCUCUGCAUGUCUAACUGUUGAAGAAUCACACACAAGCAAGUCCACUCAGGGUCAGGCUCCUGAGUUUGUGAUGCCGCCUCAGAAGACGGUGGUUCCAGCUGGGGAGCCAGCGAGGUUCACUGUCAGGGUCGCCGGUUCACCCAAACCGCGUGUGGAAUGGUUCAAGGCUGGCCAGAGGCUCUCCACCAAUCCUCGCUUCAAGAUGCUGCAAGAUGAAGAUGUCAAUACGCUGCUUCUCCUUGAGGCCCGGCCUGAGGACUCAGGAAUGUAUCGCUGUGAGGUCAUCAACUCAGCCGGCUCAGUCAGUCACACUGCUCAUCUGAUUGUAGAACGAGGUGAAGCACCUGGUCCUGGUAUGCCAGGAGGGGGCGUAGCACCUGUUAUCCAAACUCCCAUCAGAGACAUUGAGGUGGGAGAAGGAAGCCCAGUGGAGUUUGCUUGUCAAGUAUCGGGAAAUCCAGCUCCAUCCAUCUCUUGGUAUCUCAACAAUGCUCUUAUCAAGCCUUCCCGCUACUUCCACAUGAUCUACGAAGAUGGCGUGGCUCGCCUUCAGAUCAACGAAGUCUUCCCAGAGGAUGCCGGUGUUUAUACCUGCGAGGCGACCAAUUCGGCUGGCUCCGUAGCUUGCAGUGCUAGGCUGACAGUAGCAGUUGAAGAAAUUCAAUCGGCGGCUGUGCCCCCUAAGUUUGUUAAGAAGAUCCAAAAGAUCGAGGUCACCGAGGGUCACCCGGCCCGCUUUGACUGCAAGGUGACAGGCAGUCCCCGCCCGGAAAUCAAAUGGUACCACGAGGGCAAGGAGAUCCAGAGCUCGCCCUACAUGCGCAUCACUGAUGAACCGGACGGAACCAGCUCCCUGGUCAUACAGGAGGUGUUUGCUGAUGACUCAGGGCGCUUUAGUGUCAAGGCGUCCAACCCAGCUGGGGAGGUGACUUGUAGCACCUUGCUUGUUGUGGAAGAUAAAACAUCGGUGGUUGAGUUACAGCAAGAAGAGGUUGCAGAAGUCCCCGAGGUGACUCUGGAAGUCAUCGAGCCCGUUGAGAAGCAGCCGCUGGAGAUUGAAAUCACCUUCCAGCCUCCUGAGUUUGUGGAGCCAAUCACCAGCCUAGAGGUCUGUGAGGGAUACAAGGCAGUGUUUGAAGCCCGUGUGGUUGGAACUGGACCGAUAGAGAUCACGUGGUACCAUGGACAGGAACUUCUAGAGCCAUCUCCUGAGAUUGCUAUCACUUUCGAGGAUGACACUUGUGUCCUGGAAAUUCAUGAAGUCAUUCUGGAAAACUCUGGUGAUUACAUCUGCAAAGCGGCCAAUCAGGCAGGUGUCACCACCUGCAUGGCUACCCUUCACGUGUCAGAAGAGGCAGAAGCGAACAAAAGAAAUUCGAAAGAGAUUUCACCAACUGAUGAAAUUAGAGGCUCACCUGGCCAAAAGAUUAACACUUCUAAACAUGCAUUGCCAGGAAAGGAAGAUACUGUUUUUGUUCCCUCUCCGCAGUUGGACACAGUGUUUUCCCAAAGAGAGAAAAACUUGAGAUCCCAACCAAAACAGAAAGAGGACAGUGAGGAAGAACAGUCCAGUUUGUGUGAGAGUGAAAGAGAAAAAUCAGGUUCUGAUGAAAGCCAGGUUGAAUCCAAAACUGACCAGCCACAAGUCAUAGAUAGAUUUGAUUUUGAAGAACCUGAAGUGACCUUACCCGUAAGAAAGACUAGAUCCUUGAAAGCCCUGUCAUCAAUGUAUGCAGAUGACUUUUUCUCCCCACCUGCACGUUCACAACCCUCAACACCCUCAUACGCACCUUCCCCAAAACCCCAAAUCGAGGCAACAUUCCCUCCCAUCCAAAAGCCCAGUCUAAGAGAUGCACUCAAGUCACUGGCAUUUCGGUAUUCAAUGGAAGAAUCCUUAGAUCCCAUGGAAUGUGCAUCAAAGUCUUCUGUGAUAGAACACAGCAGAGAACAGUCCUUACCAACUGUAGAAGAUACAGAUUCAGCAGUGACCCUUGAAGGAAGCAAAACAAGUUUGGUUCGGUCCAAUACAUUCUCUAGCUCAGACUGUGAAACCUCUGGAAGUUCAUCUGAUGAGCAAUCAGCCUGUCAUGCUAAGGAUGCUGUGGAUAGUGUACAGCAUGGAGAUGACUGGGACCCAAAAUCCCAAGAUACAUCUGAAUCUGAUUCCAGUUUGUCUGAUUCUGAAGACUUCAUUGAUUCAAAGAAAGAUCAGAGUGAUAGUCCGAGUAGCUGCACUUCCUCUGAAGGAGAAGAGUCUGGUUCUGAGGAAGAUCCUGAAAAGGGUGAUUCCUCAACUAGUGAAAGGAGUCAUUCCUUGAAGUUUGAAGCCAGUGGUAAAGGUAGUGCAAGCCAAGAUCAUGUAGCUGCCCUACGCCCCAGAAGACUUGAUAUUGUUAAGAAUAUUGAUGCAGUACCUAUAAUAACAGUCACGACACCAGGGGGCUCUUGGCGGGAACGUAUCACCUCCUCUGAGGAUAUUGUCUCAUCCUCAGAAUGUGACAGCUCAGACGUUUACGAUGAAGACAGUUACGAAGACAAUCAGGGUAAUUCUUCAUUGACAGUCUCAGCAGCUGAGGAGGGGCGAGUUGUUAUCACGACUCAGAAAUCGGAAGACCCUGGUGUCCCUAGGGAAGAACGUAUUCAAAAGGCCCUCACUGAAGAGCCUACCACUCCAGAAAUCUCUUUAUAUGCUGUAGAGGAAUGCCAAGAGCCUGAUAUAGUUAAUCCACCUCAAGAUUGUAGAACUGUGGUUCAGGGUAUAGCAUGCUUUGGGGCCAACAUCACUGGCAAACCAACACCUGUUGUUAAGUGGUACAAGGAUGAAGUUGAAAUCACUGAUCUGAGGAUGAACAGUGUGGCCAGCCAGGGUGGUUCCUAUUCCCUAAUUAUAACUGAUGUUACCAAGGCAGAUGAAGGAAUCUAUACGUGUGUAGCAAAAAGCAUGUUGGGACUGGAUAGUGCAUCUGCUAAACUGAUCGUCCAAGAAGAAGAAUUGAAACCAAAACGGGUGUCAUCUCCUUUCAAGAAAUACUUUGGUUAUGAUGAAUUAGAAGAAUGGAAACCCCCCAAACACUAUAAAAAUGAUGCCCUGUCGAAAGAUGAUACAGAAGCUGUACCCGUGGAUGAGGUUUUGGAGCCACAGGAGGAAACAGUCACUAAAUCAAUAGCUCCUUCAGACAAGGAAGCAUCAGGGAAGUCCCAGUCGGAAUUAGACUUGAGUUCUGAUUCCUGUGGUGAACCAAAUCCCAUUGUGAGUGAAGAGUUUCUUGAUAAGGUUGUUGAGAGGAAACCUGAGAUUUCACAUUCCAACACCUCCUUUGACUGUAAUGCUGAUGGAAAGUCAGUUGAAGAUGGCAGCCCCAAUGAUGUAGUAAAGGACCAGGGCAAAGUUGCCCAUGAUGGUUCAGCAGAUUCUUAUUCUAGUGACUCAAGCUCUAGGUCAUCAUCUGAUCAUGAGGAUGAAGACAUCCGUGAUAAGAGAUCAGAUUCUUCAAAAUCUUCUCAAAAUGAUGACUCUGACAGUUAUUUUAAGGAGGAAUCAGAUUUUUCCAGAAGUGGCAAGCAUGUAGCUGAGCCCAUAGAGGAAAUCCAUUCCGAUAAAUCCAGUUCUAGAUCAUCGUCUGAUCAUGAAGAUGAAGCAGAUGCUGAUAGGAGGUCUGAUUCGUCAAAGUCUUCUCUUGUUGAGGACUCUCAUGCUCAGAAGGAAGAGCAGCAUAGUGAAUCAGAUUCUACUGGAAGUAACAAUCUUGCUAAUCAGCCUUUAGAGGAAGUCCAUUCUGACCAAUUAAGCUCUAGGUCCUCCUCUGAACAUGAAGAAGAGGAGGCUGCUGAUGCAAAAUCAGACUCUUCCAAGACCUCUUCAGGAGAAGACCCCGAUGGAGACAGGGAUAGAUCAAGCUCCCGGUCAUCUUAUGAUCAUGAAGAUGAAGAGGACACUGGUGCAAAGUCAGAUUCUUCUAAGUCAUCAUUAAGCCAAGACUUUAAUGAUGGAGAAAAGAAGAGAACUCUGUAUCUGUACCCAGAACUUUAUCCUGCUAAAGAUGACAAGGGUUUUCAUGAGCAAUCAGAGGAAAGCCAGUCUGAAAGAUCAAGUUCCAAGUCAUGCUCGGACAAUGUAGAUAAUGAUUCUGUAUCUGGGAAAUCUUCAUAUUCUUCCCAAAUUUCUUCAGGCCAGGACAAUGAAGGUGAAGCUAAUGAAGAAAGCCAAUCUUAUCUUGAACCUAUACCAAGAAAAACUGAUGAGAUUGUAGAAAAGGCAUUGGAUAAAGAAUGUUUGGGAUCUUUUUCUGGUCAUGAUGACAGUGCUGAGGGCAGGUCCUCAAAUGAGGAUAUUGACAAUGACAGUAAGAGAGAAGACCUUGCAGACAAAGCACUUGAGAGACAUUCUAUUCAGUCCGGCUUCAGGUCAUCAUCUGACCAUGAGGAUAAUGCAAAUGCAGAAUCUGGUAAAUCCUCAGAUGGCUCUAGGACGUUUUCAGAUGAGGACUCUGAAAAAGAACAUCAGCCUGUAGAAGAGCCAGUCCCCUUUGUCACUGAAGUUUAUUUUGAGGCCAGUGGUCCCAGACUGCCAGUAUUUCAAGAGCUUGAAGCAAAAAAUGACUCAGGUACUGAUGAUGAAGAGGAAGUACAAGAUGCAUCACCAUCUCCUAGCCCUGAAAUCUCAUCUGCAGAGGAAGACUUAGAUGGCAAAAAUGGGGAUAGUGAGUCUCCUUCAAUUUCCAGCCCCACAGCCUCUAGUGAUGAUGAGUAUGCGUCUGAUGAAGAUGAUAUUGAGCAGCCCCUCUCUGAUACCUCAGAUAAGGGAAAUUCUCAUUCAUCUGUGUCAGAUGGGGUUGAUGAAGAAGCACCACAAGUCACACAGACCUUCCGUAAAUGGACUGUACCACGUUUGCCCGAACAGCAACUUGAGAUUCACUUGAAAGAUACCGAAGAGAGGCACUCACCUGAUGGAGAAAAUGAUCCACCAAUUGUCACUGUAGAACUACCUGGACGAGCAUUUGCUCCUGAUUCAUCUUCAGCUGAAGGUGAAAAAGAACCUUUUCUUGUUGAAGAAUAUCUUGAGGUGAAUCCAGUAGCUCUCACGGGACAGCUUAUACCAACUAGAACAUCAUCUGGAAGUUCCUCCGAAAAUUCUUCCUCUUUAGAAUAUGAUAGUGAUGAUGAGAGAACUGAUAACAGAUAUGAUGAUGACCUCUUAAAGUCUAAUUUCAUUAAAGGACCCCAGUUCAAUACAUCAAUGGAAUUCGAAAAUCUUCAGUCUCACCAGUUUCAUCUUGAAAUCGACCCCAUUGUUCCAACUCUACCAGUUACAAAACAUCCUGAGUCAUCUUCGUCUGAUAGUGAAGUUGUCACUGUCAAAGAGAUUCUAGUGAACAGAUCAAGUCAAGAUUCCAACCUCUUGCAGUCGGAUGACAACAGGCCUGUCACUGUCUAUGAAACGUCUCUCUUCCAGCAAACUUUCAAGAAGGUCUCAGUGAAAGAAGUCCUAACAAACAUACCAGCUACAAAGUCAUUAGAAUCAACCGAGAUGGUUCUUCAUUUGAAAACAGAAACAGAGACAUCAAGAAGUUGCUCUUCCUCAGAGGAUAAUGAUGAAAAGCAAGACAUGGAAGUUUCAAAUCAAGAAAUUCCUAUCACUGGAGAAAAUUACAUACCCCUCAACAUCAAACUUAAGGUUCCUACUUCAGCACAUGAAGAAGAGCAUAGAUCCAGUCGUUUGACUCUGAAUGUAAAUGUUGAAUCUCGAAGUCCAAGGGUUGUUGAGGUUUACUUGGAAUGUGCUCCUAGAGAGGCCUUGCAGUCAGUCUCUUCUCCUGAGAAGCACCGACAAGUCUUGAUUUCUCAACAGGGAAGUGAAUUAAAACCCAUCACACUUUUCACGGUCAGUGAUGAAUAUAAUGAAGCAUCAUCCAGUGUACAAGAAUUGGAGAUCGAUGUUAGUAAGACUUCAGAUGAUGUGGUGUUUGUUACAGUCGGGGACAAAACUGAGGAGAAACUGGAUUUAGGAACCUUGCAUCCUGAUUCAGAAGACAUACAUCAAAAUGAAAUGAGCAGCGAGGAUGAGAAACAUGCAGCUGGUAUAACAGGCAAGGUAGAACCUGUUUGUCAGGAAUCAUCUGUUGGAUACUUGAAAGCUGAGGGGGACUUUAAACAAGUUGAUUUGCCUCUCUUUGUUAAUUCUGAUCAGGGAGUUCACGUUGAUCAAGAAGAGCGGCUACCCUCAUUUUUGUCUCCAGUGAAAGAACAUAAUCUAAGCUUUUCCAAGAAGCAGCCACUUGCCGCUCCUUUCUUCUCUAAGGAGCUCAGGAAUACCUCUGUUCUUGAAGGUGAUGCAGCAAUGCUUCAGUGCUAUGCAAAUGGGAAACCAGAUCCUGAUUUUGUGUGGUUUAAGGAUGGCAAGGAAAUUCUUGGAGAUAAUGAUUUCUAUGAGAUUAACAGCAUGAGUUAUGAAGAUUGCUACACUGAAUUGGUAAUCCAUGAGGUGGUAGCAGAGGACGAAGGGGAAUUCAUUGUUCUGGCAAGGAAUUCUGAAGGAGAAGCAACCUGCAAAGCCUAUCUGAGUGUGCAGGUCAUUGGAGGGGAAGAGUCAGAGACAGGGACGUCAGGCCAAAGUGAUUCAUCUGACAAGGAGUCAGGCAGGAGAUCAUCGAGUAACAAAGAUGCCACGUCUGGAAAACAGGACUCAGAGGAUGCUAAUUGCUUUGACUUCCUGCCUCACAGAAGCAGCAAGGGAGAGACUGAUGAUGCAAUCGUUUGUUCAUCAGAUAAGUCAGAUUUUGAUUCCAAUGUAGAGGCUGACCAAGUCCAAGAUGAUGAAGCACCAUCUCUAGAGCUGCCUGCCAUCGGUGUGAGGGCAAGCCAGACUGAUGCUGACUAUCCCCAGUGGCAUGCCUCAUUUGUAGUUGAAGAUGGAGAGCCACAGAGGGUUUUUGCCCAGUAUGAAGAAACUCCAUCCACGUCAAUGGUUUUUAAGAGCCAUCUUUGCACUGUUGCUCAUGCAAGUAUCGAGAGUGCAAUUGAAUCCCCUAAUUUCCAGCCCCUUGAGCCUGCAGCUGAGAUCUCUGAUGACUCUGUUUCUAUGGAUGAUACGGCCACUUUGGAAACAGUGCAAAAAAAUCAAGAGAACAACAACCAGAAAGAUCUAUUGCCUGAUGUCUUAGAGCAGGCUGCCUGGGGGACUUGUGACAAGCCACCUAAGCAGAUGAUUGUGGAGGAUCUCUAUGCGGCCGUGACUGUGGAACCUGACCUGUGUAUUGCUAGUGCUGCAGAUGAUGCCUUUCUGGUGGAGAAUGUAGAGACCAGACAUGAGCCCAUGUCUGAGCCAUCGGAUGACAUCACUGAACCAGGCCUGUUGCAUGCUGCCAAUGAAGAAGCUCCAGCCUCUCCGAAGGAGAAGGUUGAUGAGGAGAAACCAGUAGAAGUCCCUUCAGUCACUGUCCCACGGAAGGCAGAAGAGAAACCACUCCCAGAGGAAGGAGAAACCAAGAUCCUCCCUGAGGAAAUUGUUCCAGAAUUGACACCCAAGGAGAUCCUUCUAGAAGCCGAUUACCAAGAGCUUCCCAAGGAGGAGGUAGCUGACGUCAUCCCUCCUCACUUCACAAAGGUCAUCGAGACCUUGACAGUCGCUGAUGGUGACAUGGCUCGCUUCACAGCCGUCGUAUCCGCAAAGCCUAAGCCUGUCGUCAAGUGGUUUGUGGAUGGCUCCGAGAUCAAGGAUGAACCUGAGUACGAGGUGACCUCUACUGAUGAUGGUGUCCAUACUUUGACCUUGCCUGAGGUCAUCCCUGAGGACGAGGGAGAAUAUAUGUGCAAAGCUAUCAACAAGGCCGGGGAGGAGACAUGCACAGCAAUGCUCUUUGUUGAAGAGGAAGAUUCGACAGAAAUUGAUACCGAGGUUGAGGUGAUGACAACUCGCAAGACCGUCACCAUGACAACAGAGUUCACACAAGAGGAAGAGGUCCUCCCUGUGCAGUUUGAAAUCAAGCCAGAGGAAGAGCUUCCCAAGGAGAAGGCUUUGGAAGAGGAACAACCGGAAGUCAUGGAAGAGGAAAAGCCGGAAGUGGUGGAGCAAGAGAAGCCAGUCCAGCCUGUUGUGGAGGAGCAACCUGAGGUUGAGGAAAAGCCAGAGGAAAAACCUGAGGUAGUUGAGGAGAUUCCUGAAGUACCAAUCACUGUUACAGAAGAACCUGUUGUAGAAGAAGCUCCAGAAGUGACUGAGGAGGUGUCUCCCAUAGAAGAAACUGACACAUCCAAACCAGUCACUGUGACAGAAACCACAGACACGACUGAAACUGUCAUCAUCAGCAAGAAGAUUGCUGAAACAGUUGAAGUGGAAAUCACCAAACCUACAGAAACUGCCGAGACCAAAUUCAUCGCCAUGGGCAACUACCUUGCUGAGUCGGAGGAGGUCAUGUCGCUGCGUGAGGGUGACAAACUCAUCGUAGUCGAUGAGGGCACGGGUGACUGGUGUCUGGCUCGCAGUGAGAUGACCCAAGAGGAAGGCUGGGUGCCCAGAACCUACCUGGCAACCGAGGAGCAGUAUGAGGACAAGCUGGAGGAACAACUACAGGAGAAUAUCAGUAGGCUACCUGCUGGAGCCACUUUUUGUGCUGCAGAGGAAACGGUGGAAGGUGAGCUCAAGCCACCUGAGUUCAUCGAGCCGCUGGAAACAACAAAAUGCAAGGACGGCCAACCCGUCACCCUGAAGUGCUGCGUUGAGGGCAACCCCAUGCCCACUAUCGCCUGGUACCGUCAGAGCACUCCAAUUCCGCUGUCUGAGGACUUUGAAAUGGAGUACGAUGGGAGCACAGCGACUCUGACCAUCCUGGAGGUCUUUCCAGAGGACUCUGGGAAGUACACCUGUGUUGCCAAGAACCAGGGAGGAAUGGCUUCGACGAGUGCUGAACUUCUUGUCGAAGUGACAUUGUCAGAUGUUGAGAGCUAUGACAGCAGCCACACCCCAGUCUCCAGGAAGAGUCUCUCUAGGGAGUCAACUGUGGAGGAGCCAGAAGGUAUCAAGCCAGCCUUCAUGUCUGUCGCCAAAGCCAGGCGUGUGGAUGAAGGUCACAGCAAAGUGGUCUUCGAGUUCCGCCUGAUAGCUGCCCCUCGUCCCACCAUCUGCUGGUUCCACAAUGACCAGCCCAUCGAGGAGACGUCCAGGCGGAGAAUGAGCAUGUACGCUGACGUCCAUCUCUACAUCCUUACCCUGGAGCUCAAGGAUGUCAAACCGGAUGAUGAUGGUAUCUUCAGGAUUGAAGCGAAGAACAAGGAGGGGUCGGCUUCAGCGACAGUAGUCCUUGAAGUCAACCAGCUGGGCUUCAAUAGCAUGACCAAUCUGUCCACAUUGCAUGCCCAAGAAUCGCCUCCAUCCAAGAUUGUCUGCUUCUCUCCAACCUUGCAUGACUCUUCUAACCCAUUUGAUUUCUCCAAACCUGAGUGGAUCGUUUCUGAGACUUGGGAGGUUCAGAUGUCUUUGGCGACAGGUGAGGAACCAGAGCCUCCUCGCUUUGAAGAACCUCUUGUCUCUCUGAUCGUCAAAGAAGGCCAUGUCGCAAAGUUUGAAUGUCGCAUCAGUGGCAGUCCCAGGCCGGAAGUCACCUGGUUCCGUGACAACGUCAUGCUGACAAAGAGUGAUGUGUUUGAGAUCGGCUUUGAUGGGACCGACAAGUAUUGGGUUACCCUAAAGGAGACGGUGGAAGGCGAUUCAGGAACUUUCACAUGUAUGGCUGAGAACAUUGCUGGAAGAACUAUCAGUGGAGCAGAACUCACUGUACAGAGAGAUGUGAGCCAAGAAGUUGCUGUAACAACUGAUGUGACAACAACAACCGAAGUCACCACAGAGAUUGAAAGUGACUUUGAAACACGUUCAGAGGUAGAGACCUCACCAGACAUUGAAGGCCAACCGCCCAAGUUCCUGAAGUCACCCCAGGAUGUGGAGACCCAACCUGGGGAAAGGGCCGAGCUGAAUGUAAAGGUCACAGGAUUACCGCUUCCCGAGGUCACCUGGUACAGGGAUGGCAAGGUGAUUCAACCCAGUGAUCAUCACAAACUCAUUGCUGAUGAGGAAGGCAAUGCCUCCUUGAUUAUCUCAGAAGCCAAACCAGAGGAUGAUGCCGAAUAUCUCUGCAAGGCUCAGAACAAGUUUGGCAUGGCAACUUGCAGAGCAGACAUCAUUGUUGAAGAAGAAUUGAGUGUCAAGAAAGAUAUGCCCAAAGUUGUCAUUCAGCAGGAUCUCCUAGAGCAGCCAAGCAGAGAUACUGAGCAAAUCAGCACCAGCGAAGCACCCUCAAUAUCUGAGGAGGAGUUUGAUAUGGAAGACCAGGGCUUUGGUCCCGUUAUUAUGCCAUCAACCACCGACACUCCAGGUCUGAGUCUCCAAGAGGUCAUGCCGGAGUAUGAGGAGGAGCUACCGGAGGAGGAUGUCUCAGAGGAGAUGGCUGUUGAGGUCAUCGAUGGAGUGGAAGUGAAGGUCCCUCUGAAAAAGAAGGUGACACCAGCUAAAAUCUCAUCGGAAGAAGCAGCAUUCGAGCUGAAACCAAGGCGUACCUCAGAAGAUGUGGCUGCAGGGUUCAAGAUCGGCAUCCCAUGUCCUGGCAAAGAGGCAGAAGCUAAAGUGACUCUGGAAACACCUUUGGAGAGGACAGAGACAGAGAUUCCGAUUGAGGCAGCUCCCAAGGAGCUGGAGGAGGUAGAGUUCAAGGUGCCUGUCCCUGAGGAGAAAGCUCCUCGUGCUCCCGAUGAGGUAGAUGUCGCGGUGACCAUCUUACCCAAGGAGGAACAGCCAGAGGAAGCCGCCCCUGCUUUUGUCCAGCCUCUUAAACCUCAGGAAAUCACACCACACACCGAGACCAAGCUAGUCUGCCAGGUAAUUGGGAAACCCAUGCCCAGUGUCAAAUGGUACCUAGAUGAUGUGGAGCUGUUGCCAGAGGAUAAGCACUAUAAAAUGGAGCAGCUUGAGGAUGGAACCUGUACCCUGACAAUCACCGACGUCCUGGCCGAAGAUGAAGGUGCCUACUCUGUAAAGGCAUUCAAUCCUGCUGGCAGUGCUGAAACAGAAGCUGAGAUUCUCAUAGCACCAGAAAAGAAACCAUCUGAAAUUACUCCGGUCACUGAAGAGAUCACAGAGGCUCCCAAGUUUGUUGAAGACAUGGUUGACAUGGAGAUCAUCCGCGGUCACCCUGUCCAGUUUGACGUCCAGGUCAGCGGCAUUCCCAUGCCCACCCUGACUUGGUUUCGAGAUCGGAAGGAGAUCCAACCAAACGAGCACUUUGCCAUCGAGUUCAACGAAGAGGAAGGUUUCGGUUCCCUCAUCAUCCAAGAGGUCUUGAGUGAUGACGAUGCGGAGUACACCUGCAAGGCCACCAAUAAGGCUGGCCAGGCAAUCUCUAAGGCUGAUCUCUUCUUGCAGCCCGCUCACAAGAAGGAACCAGAUGAACACCCUCCCCUGUUUAUCACACCCCUGAAACCAAUGAGUUGCAUCGAGGGUGAUUGCGUCAACUUCGUCUGUAAGGUCUUCGGCUCUCCUGAACCGGAUAUAACUUGGUACAGGAACGAUGUCGAGAUCAAGCUCAGCCCUAAGGUCUCUAUGGAUUACGACGAGUCUGGUGUUUGUACCCUCUUGAUCAGAAAUGUAGUCAUGGAGGAUGUCGGCACCUAUUCCUGUAAGGCUGUGAACAUCGCUGGCGAGAUGUCCACUAAAGGGGAACUCGUUGUAGAAGUCCCGGCCAGCAUCCUGGAGGGCCCCGAAAGCCUAACCGUCAGACGAGGUGUACCUGCCAAAUUCACCUGCAAAAUGGGCGGUGUGCCCAAGCCUAAGAUCCGCUGGACGCACAACGACAAGACUGUCAAGCACACCAAACGGGUGUACACGGAGAGGACAGAGUCCAGAACAACGCUGGUCAUCACAGAGACCGAGCCGGAGGAUCAUGGGAGGUACAACGUGGCCGUGGAGAACUCUGCAGGCACUGACGAGAGAUAUGUUACCCUGACAGUGAUAGACGUUCCAGACUUGCCGAGCAAACCUAAAGCCACUGAUAUCUCUGAGACUUCAAUCACCUUGACCUGGACCAAGCCUCUCUAUGAGGGAGGGUUGUUCAUCACUGGCUACAUAGUGGAGUUAAUGGAGGUCGGCAAGCACACCUGGAUAACGGUAGAAAGUGAGAUACAGACAACCACCUACACGGCCGUUGAGCUGACGCCAGGAACUGAAUACCUGUUCCGGGUGAUGGCUGUCAAUGAUGAGGGAAUGAGCAAGCCUAGCACAUCUGAGGUCAUCAUCACACUUGAAAAAGAUACUAAACCCAAACCAAAGGAGGAGGCUAGACCUGACCAGCCUCUGGCUAAGACUGCAGAGCUGUUCCCCACCGAAGGUACGCUAAGCCUGGCUGAUUUUCUGGAAUGGGAUGUUGUUGCAUUUCUGGCAAUUUUUGUUUCUGUCAGCUACGUGUUUUUAUUUUUGUUGUUUUGAGACACUUUGCAUGUUGAAAAUCUCAUUGCAUUGGCAACAUACUGAGAAACAUUUCUGUUUACUUGUCAAAACUUCAGAUGUAAUAAAAUGAACGUUCACAGUUUCUUCUCGUUCAAUCCAUGUUUGCAGUUUGACAUUUGAAUCAAAAGCUAUGAUGAAUUCCUAGUUGAACAAUUUUGGAAGUAAUUCUGUGAAUUUUGCUUUUUGUCUGGUAAGAAAAUUCUCCAUGUAAAUACAGUUGGUUUCUCAGUGUGCAAAGUGAACACAACCUUGAGCUUUAUGAGUCUUAAAGUUUUAUGUUCUACUAACAUUGAAAUAUUUGUUUUAGUUUAGUGCUUUCUAACAGAUAAAGUCAUUAGGCAAUAAACUUAUACAUGAUCAUCAUUAUUCAAAUGUCUAUUCAGAUGUACAUUUAGUAAAUGUUCUGAAUUCGUUGUAAUGAUUGGUCCAAACUAAAAAGAGCAAUAUUCAUUCCAAGAAUUUUUUUAUUACCACGGACUGAUAUUAAUAUCGUACAAUAUUUUUGAGAAGAAAUCAUUACUUUGCAUCUUAAAUUUUUAAAAUGUAAAUAGUAGAAUUUUUAUAGCCACUUAAAAGUUAUAUUUAAUCCCUUUUGAUCAAAAUUGUAACUCAAAUAUUUAUGGUUCAAAUUAUUUGCCAUCUCAAAUUUCUUGAAUAAUUUCUUUCUCCAAUAUGAUUCCAAGAAAUGUUACCCUCAUUUGAAUGUUUUACUAACAGAGCUAUGAAAAGCACAUUUAUUUGCUAUUAAUUGUGCAUGAACUUAUAAUUGUAUGAAGUUGAAUUGUUUUUGUGAACUUUUAUUUUUAAAUAAGAAGCUACGGUUUGGUUAUUGGCUAUUGUUCGUUAGUCGCAGCUUAUUACAUCAAAUGUAUACAAUUAAAAGUAUGGAUUUUUUUUAAAGAUAAGUUUCCUUCUAAACAUCAGGAACACUCAGGUUAACUUGACUAUCUGCAUUAAUUAUAUUGUCAGCACAGCUUGAUUUUAGUUUAGUUUUGUUUGCAUUUGCUGCUAGAGUUUUUGCAAAGAAUGUAUCGUCUUCAUUAGUUCAAGCUGAUAGAAAACAUAAAAUUUCGCCUUAAUUCAAUGCACAAAUUUUCUUUAUAUGAAUAUUAUUACAGAUGAAUUGACUGUUAAGUUUUAUUUCUUAAUUUUAAAGGGGGAUUGCCGCUUUCAGUAUAAAUUUGCCAUAUUGAACAGCAGGGUUGGGCCUGCAUUUAUUUGAAACAAAUAGAUAAAAGACUGAUGUAUAUUGGAAUCAAAAUAUCUUAUUUGAAUAAUAUUCCAGACUUCUGUGAAAUCUCAGUUUGUACAUUUAUCAGUAAAGAAUACAAAGUAAAGCUUCUUUUCUUUCCAACUGUUCACCUCUUUGUAAUGUAAACCAGUACAAUGUUAAUUUACAGUAUUCUUUUUUAUACUGAAACUUAGCUAAUAUUUGAUCAUAAGAAAAUAAGAGAUCAUUAGGGCUUCAGUGGCAGCCAGAGAAAUCCCACUCAAAACAGUUUGGAACAAUUCAUUUAAUUCGAAAGAAACCUGAGCAAAUACUCCAUUGCAAGGCUCUCUGAAUACAUAAUACAUGAGAAGGAACAUUGUCGCAUGGUCGGGAUUUAAGAUGCUACAUCUCUCAUCUCUUAGAGAUCCCUUUACACUUUGCAAAAUUAUGUGAACAGAUUCACAGUGACUCUUAAGAAGUUUAAUAGUAACUGAAUAUUUGUCAGUGACAGAGCAAGAAACUAGGGCCAAAAUAUAUGCAGUUUGUAGUAUCCCAGUCCAUGGUGUCAAAUGUGUUUUUGUCAUAAGUGUAAUUUGUAUGCCAUUGCCCACUGUUUGUAGUCUUUGUUUUGUCCUUCACACUUGAUUGUGCAUGGGACCACUGAAUGAGAUGUAAUUGGAGCACUUUGUGACUGGGAAUUACGUAAACAGUGUAUUUUACAUUUAGCUAACACUUGUCGUAAUGUCCAAGUAACCAUGUAUUCUGAGCUUGGGUUGCAAUAUAUGCAUUUUGAAGUUAACAAGUU